GCCUCCAGCAGCUCCAAAAUUUCAGACCACGGAGAGCAGUCCAGAUCCAGAAGCAAGCAGCAUUGCCUUUCCUCUUUACGUUCUUUCUUGCAGAACCCGCCGGAGAAUGUUCGAGUGGAUGCCGAUUCCUUGAUUUGCGAAGUGGACCAAGUUCGGAUCUUGUUUUCUGUUCCAGAAGCAGCAGACUGGUUCCAAACUUGCGACUUGCCAUGGUUUCUGAUGGACUUUACGAUGAAGACCAAUGCUCCGGGCCUUGUGCUGGGCGCCAUUGGACCUAUCGGUUUGAAGCGUUUGCCUAACGGCACGCCGCACUUACGGUUCGUGCCUGUGCAGUACAUGUUAUCUCAUGUUGAAGAUCAGGAGGCUCACGGUCUGCUGAUGCAGAAAUACGUUGCAAUGGCAGAAAGCGCUGGCAUUGAGCUGACUGAUGGCAUCUUCGAUUGCGCUUGUUACGCUGGUGCCAAGGAGAACAUGAAGGAAGCGGCCAAAAAGCGCGACGAAGCCUCCGGAGACCCCAUCAUCGCCACAGCUUUUGCCAGGCUUACAGGUGGCAAGUACCGUGCAGAUCUCUUCUUCAGAGAUGAGAUCUGGCCGGGGAAUUGCUCUAGGCAUGGGUUGCAAGAGCCGGCGACUCUCAUGCUUGACGUUUGCCUUGUCCUCAGAUCCCGUCUCAAUGCUGGAGUAUACUCUGACAUGUGUCAUGUCCUGGACGAGCCUUGGCGAGCAUUGCAAACUGGUGCAAAGACCACGUGGGCAGCGCGGUCCGUCGAGCAAGAUGGGGAUGAGGAGCAGCGUUCCAAGCGUCUCAGCUUGGAUGACAUCUUGAAGCAUUUCCGCAAGCAUGGUGCUCGCGGAACCUUUUUGGCGUCCGUGACAUCGCGGGUGUUGUCAGACGGUCGUCAGGCGAGACUGUUGUACGUUCUCCCGAAAUAUCGUCUCGAGCUUGGCAUCAAUGGACAUCGCGGCCGCCCUGAAGCUUGGUUUGGCCACCACUGUCCCACAGGUUCACGAGGCGUGUGCGGACCCCGAGACAGGCCCACAUGA